AUGGGAGGAGAAGGAGGAGUAGCAACAUCAAAACUGAGAAAAGCGGCUCGGAAGGUGGUGGUUGCAGCAGCAUAUGCGUGCGGCUCCUUCUCCAGGAAUAAAGCUGUAGGGGGCCUCUAUACCAGUAGCACUACUCAAACUAUCUCGGAUCCUUCAGCUGUGACUCCAGCAAAGGCAAAGAAGAGCACAGGAGAAGCUGUUGCAGAGGAAUCAGAAUCAUCCACCAACAACGUCCCUACUUCUAAGAACUUGUGCGCAAUAUGUCUAGACCCUUUGAGUUACAACAGGUACAGCAGCGGAAGCAACCCCGGGCAGGCAAUAUUCACAACCCAAUGCUCUCAUGCUUUCCACUUUGCUUGCAUCUCCUCCAAUAUUGUUCGCCAUGGUAGUGUCACCUGCCCCAUUUGCCGUGCCCAUUGGACCCAACUGCCCUGCAGCCUGAACCCUUCUUAUCCUUCGCUCUCUUCUUGCAACCAAAAUGAUCCCAUACGGGCAUACUCCGACAGUGAUGACCCUAUUGAGCCCAAUAUUCACUUGCCGAAUCGUCCCCGCCUUUAUCUCUCUCCAGUGCCCAUUCCACCCAACUUUCAUUCAUCUAUACAAAUGAAUAGUAGUCGCACCUCAUGCGCAUACCAUCCACCCCUACAUCGAUUGACCUCACUAUUGCAGUCACCAAACAGGCAAAUGCCUAAUAUUAUUAUCUGCACCUCCUCAAAUAGAGCUUUUCUUUCAGUGAAGUUAGCACAUCAACAAGCAACUGACUUGGUCUUGGUUGCGAGUCCCAAUGGGCCACACUUGAGGCUGCUCAAGCAAUCGAUGGCAUUGGUGGUUUUCUCCCUUAGACCCAUUGAUCGUUUAGCCAUUGUUACCUACACAUCAGCUGCAGCACGUGCCUUUCCCAUUAGGCGCAUGACCUCCUAUGGAAAGUGGACUGCACUACAAAUCAUUGAUCGUCUAUUCUAUAUGGGGCGAGCAGAUCCAUUUGAAGGGCUUAAAAGGGGGAUUAAGAUACUUGAAGAUCGUGUUCACAAAAAUCUACAGUCCUGUAUCUUGCAUCUGUCUGAUAGUCCAACACGAUCUUACCAUGCCGUCAAUAUGGAAGUGCCCAUUCCAAUCCAUAGGUUUCAUGUGGGGCUCGGAUUCGGCACUUCAAAUGGAUUCGUCAUGCAUGAAUUUGAACAGUUCCUAUUAAGAAUGCUAGGAGGUGUCAUUAGAGAUAUCCAGUUGAAAAUUGGGGAGGAAGUCAACUGCAGAAUCAUAAGGAUUGGAGAACUAAAAGUUGGUGAAGAAAGGAGGAUCUCAUUAGACUUGGGAGAGUAUGGAGAUGAUGUUCAUGUGGGAUAUAGCUACGUCGAUGAAUGCACUAGAACAGGGGAAACUGUAGUGAGUGUAGGGGAUAAAAGUAAUGCAACAGGAAGAGAUGUGAGCAUUGGUGGGAGGAAUAGCAGUGUUGAAAGUUGGGAUUACCACGAUCCUUACAUGGCUAGAAGAUGGGCUAAGCAUUUACAUGGCUACAGGCUUUGA